CAUGUUCAACCGCGUGUACGUACCACGUGUGGCAUUUUCGUUCGUUGAAUCGGAUGUGCGAUCUUUCGGUAAACGGAUCGACUUGGUUUCUCGAUUGAGAAAGGAGAGAAUGAUUUCGCAUACGUGUCGAAAUAUCUACGCUCACACUGUGAAUUUGUGUGGGUUUCGUACAUUUCGUAGUCUUCAUUACUGCACAAAGUAUUUGUAUAUAUUGUUGCGUCUAUCGUAACACGAAAUAUAUUGUAUUGUCGUAAAUAUACAACGCGAAUAUGCAUUUUUCACACAUGACUGAGACUGAGAUAUUAAAAAACGAAAGUGCGACAGAUAACGGAAGCAUUUUUUUGUGUCGUAUAAAAGAUACAUUCCCAAAUAAAUAAAUGAAAUUAACGAACGCUGCAUUCCAAUUUCUAUCGCCUCGAGAAAUACUGCAAUGGCUAAUCCAGAACAGUUAAAUACGCAGAAAAAUAACUCGGCUGCGAAGCCUCGAAUCGCAAGAUCAGAUCGCCGCGAAAUAUACGUUUCGCUCGUAAAAAUGCAGAGAAACAGAUCCCUCGUCUCGCUAAAAAAAAAAAAAAAAGAAAUAAUUUCACGAAAACGAUGAAUUUUUAAUAUCGAUACGAGGAAACUGGCUGACCUUUGGGUGGCGCUCGAUGUUGAUCUCUGGUUAAAAUUGAACCGAUUCAAGAUGAAAAGACGAUUAAAAUGCCGAUCAGCCGUGAUGAACCGUCACCUGACGGAAAAAGAAACUGUCUGUUGAACCGAGACAGUAGUCGAGAAUCGCGCGUUUAAAAAAAAGGAACAAAACGUGGAAUUUGCAGAGAAUUGUAGGUGGAGUUGUAAUACGUACACGCUGUAUAUACGGAUGAUAUAUUUAUCGAAUGGUAUCUGAGCAACGGUGACCGUUUCAGUUUGUUCCGUUGGCUGCACAUCGAGACGCGAUCCCUCGUUCAGUAAGCAUCCAGCAUCUCUCAGCGUACCAUGUGCUGCUUCCUCUUGCUCGUUUAUCUCUUCUUAUCGGUCACCGCUCGAGACGUCAGCGCGGAGGAAGUGGACUGCCAAGUUUAUAAUCAUCUUUACGUUUGCCUGGGCAACAGCGUGCUGCACAGCGUCGCGUUCGAGGAUGUGAACGCGGUGCAAACGAUCGAGGAUAUAGAGCUGCACCUCGAGGGCCUCGGGGUCCAGGAUAUCGCCAAGGACGCAUUCCUCGAAGUCACCAACACGUCCGCCCUCUACAUCCGCGACAACCAAUUGUCCAAGAUUUUUAAGCACUACUUCGCCGACUUGGACCAACUGACGUAUCUCGAUUUGAAGAACAACAGCAUAAGGGACAUAGAGGAUGGCUCGUUCGCCAAUUUGGACAGUUUGGAGACGUUGAUAUUGGAUUACAACAACAUGAUCGCUUUCCGCCCAGGUAUGUGGAAGGGUCUGGUGGAUCUCCACGAGUUGUACGCGACGAAUAAUAAAAUCGCGUUGAGGAGGAACAUGUUCAAAGGUCUGAGAAACUUGGAGACUUUGGCGUUGGAUUGCAACGAGAUCAACGAGAUACCGAUCGGCGCGUUCAACGGGUUGCCCCAUAUCGAUCUUCUUUAUCUGUCGAGGAAUAAAAUCUCGUCCCUGCAAUUGGAGGUGUUUCGCGGAUUAAGCGAGAUCAACGAAUUGGAUCUGGGGCGAAAUUCGUUGAGAAGCGUGUCCGGUGGAAUAUUUCGUUAUCUGAGGAAUCUAAAUUCAUUGUGGCUGAACGGGAAUCAGAUCGUCAUGAUUAAGGCGGACACUUUCGAGGGGUUGGACAAUCUGUUGCUCCUGUUCUUGAACAGCAACAACCUCCGUUUCGUGGACAUGUCCGCUUUCGCCAGGAUGAAGAAUGUUACCGUCGAUCCCGGCUUCAAGAUAGCCGGGAGGACGAUGGACAAUGUUUCAAACGUGCAAGGACGAUUUCGUUGUAACAACGUCGCGUAUCAGUUGCCGUACGAGUGCACGGAGAUUGGACCUCAGCUUCAUUGAUGCAUAAAUUACCCAGCAGUGUAUAACCAGUGCCGGAAUUUGAUAUAGAAAACGCGUUAUCCGUAUCCAUUGUUUGUAAACGAGAAUUUCGAAUUUCAUCGAUCAAAGAUCAUUCUCUCUAGGUUUCCCCCCCUUCUUUUUUCAUUAAUUUUAUUUCAUUAUAAUUUCACGCCGGUCACGUGAAUACAUACGUCGAAUGUACGGAUUUCCUUUCUUCUUACGGUUAUAUACGAGUUUUCUUUGAAAAAAAGUGCAAAAGAGUUGUUUAGAGAGAUUCCAUUACCAUUUCUUCCAAUUCGUUUCACAGUUAUUUUAUUUAUUUUUUUUUUUUUUUUUUGUAAAAAAUUUUCUACCAAUCUUUUACGCUUCAAUUUUUACCGGUACACAUGUCGCGCACGCCUGUGUCAACAAUGAUUUGUGUAAAAUAUUAGCGAAAUAUAGAGAAAAAGAAAUAUAAAAUAGACAAGCGAGGAGAGGAUAUCGUCUAUCAUGGGAUAGGGGACAAGUUUAUCCGAUAAAAGAUCCCAUUUUUGCAGGAGUGUUCAAGGGAUAUCGACAGGACGAAACUCCUCUACCCCAUCCUUGUUACAGAAGCACGGCGAUGGAUUAUGGAUGGUACGCACCGACGAUUCACACCGUGCCAACCUCUUAUUAUCCGCGAGAUAAUUCUUUCAGCACAAAUCAAGGACGCGGUGGCAUGUAUCGUAAUUGUUCCUUGAAUACGGUAUUGGAUAAGAGCAGAAUUUAAAUUUCUCGUACGUUUCAAAUUCUCCAAUCUCACGUUUGAUUAUCUCUGAAUAAUUUUCAUCGAAGAAAAUGCGUUAAGUCCGAUGUAUUUAUUAAAUCUCUCGAAAAUGUAACUUCUCGUUAAUUAUCGUAUAUAAUAACUUUGGCGAUGAUCGAAUCGACAAAUUGUUAAAAUUAUGUACACGAUCAUUUUUUAGCAGAAGAAUUAAGCCGUGUCGAUCGAUUCUAGUGUAGUUUCCAGAGAUGGAAAUAUAUCGAUAUAAUUUUCAUUUUAAUUUAAACAAUUUAAAUACUGCUUUAACGAUUUUCGUUGUGAGAGAAGAGUGAGAGAUGUAAUCGAGGCAAGAGAGAAGGAGAUGCAAAUUAUAAACGUGCAUAUAGAUUCUUCGAACUUGAUACACUUGAUGUAUUUUAGAAAGAGAUAUAAACGAACAUUGUAAUUGCGAAAUGAAGAAAUUAUCAAGUAUAUGGAGAUAAAAAGAAUGUGUACGAUAUCUUAAUAAUUAAUAAAUUUUUCAAUUUUA